AUGGAACAACAACAACAACAACAGCAACAGCAACAGCAACAAGCGUCUAUUCCGCAUGAGAAUGAUCAACUUGAUACGGACAUUAAUAAAAGUAUGUUGGACUUUACUGUAUACAUCAACAAAGGUAUGUCCUCAAGUGGAACUAGUACAGAUCAAAGUACUACUUCUCAAGUAAAUAAACGAAUUGAACAAAUCACAUCCAACGCUCAUCUUCAAAGACAACGAUGGAAUGCCUUCUUUGACCCACAAUACUCCUUUGAAUCCUUCGUUCAUGGAGUCACUCAACCUUUAGAUAACAAAGAUGAACAUAAAAGGAAUAUCGAUCGUUUAAUCGAUGAAGGAAAUCGUAUUAGAUCGCCAAAGUCGGUAGAAACUACCAUGAUUCAUCAUGAAAACGGUCAUCUAUCAUCGGGUCUAAUGACACCAAAGUCGCCCUUGAUACUGAGGGACCUGAAUCAACAAGGAAGAAAAGGUCAGCUAGACGAAGAAAUGUUGAAGAAGCGUUUGGAAUUAUUAAGACAAAUUCGUACGGAACCUGAAGUAGAUACAGUUGAAAAUGAAACAAACGAAUUUAAUAAGAUGGAAAAUGAGGAUAGCAUUCCCUGUUACAAGUUAACCUUCAAUUGGAAGACGAGACUUGUAAGAAAGGCAAAGCAGUUACGUAAACAAGUACAGCAUACAACAGGCAGUCCAAUAUCCUCAAGAAGCUCAACACUUGAUUCAAAUGAUAUUGAAAACAAAAAGAGAGAAAUCAUCCAGGAUAAAGAAGAAGUAUCAACAACAAAGAAUAAAGGCUUAUUUAAUUUUCGUCCUUCAUUUCUAUGCUUCUUGUUUGGUUUCAUUUUUCCUCCCCUUUGGCUGUUGGGUGCAUCCUAUCCUUUUACAAAUCAACAAAUGACAUCAGCAAGUAAAAGAAUAGAUCUUACUUGGAAACGUCGAUCUCGUAUCGCUUUCUGUAUCUUUGCUAUUUGCAGUUCAACUGUUUUAGUUGUCAUGUUUUUAUUAAACCCCAAAUCAAUUGGUUGGAGAUUCUCUAAAACACAACAAGAAAAUUAG